AAAAUGCUAUUAUAUUUCCCACCUUCUCACUGGAUAGGAUAGUUCAUCUUGAGUUGCGUCGCAUCGAAUUUCCUCUAACAGUGUUUACUCCAAUUUCACGUUUCCUUACUGAAAGAAUUUAGAAAAAAGCAAGAAGAUGACGAACAUUAGCAUUAAGAUAGUGUCAGACACCGUCUGCCCCUGGUGCUACAUAGGCAAGAAACGGCUAGAAAAAGCCAUCGAUCUAUACCGCAGGGUGCACCCAGACGGUAAAAAUGACUCCUUCACCAUAAGCUGGGCACCGUUUUACCUGGACCCCACGUCGCCCAAAGUCGGCGUCCCGCUGAGGGAGCGCAUGGCGCAGCGGUUCGGAGCGGAGCGACACGUAGCUCUACUGCAGCGGCUCGCGCUGAUGGGCCACCAGGAAGGCAUCAACUUCAGCUUCGAGAGCAAGACCGGCAACACGCGGGACUCGCACCGGCUGAUCCAGCUGGGCAAGACCAAGGGCAACGAGAUCGAGAACCGUGUGGUUCUGGAGCUGUUCAAGAGCUACUUUGAAGGCGACGGCGACAUCACCUCGCACGACACGCUUAUUGCUGCUGCGGAGAAGGCGGGCUUAGACAAGGCCGAAGCGAAGGACUGGCUCGCGUCGGAUAAGGGUGGUAAGGAGGUCGAUAGUGAGGUCCAAGAGGCGUAUGCCAAGGACAUACACGGUGUACCGCACUUUACGAUACAGGGCAAGUACGAGAUUGACGGCGCACAAGACAGCCAGGCCUUCUUAGAGGCGUUCGCAAAGGCUAGGGAAGAGAGAUAAGACGGUACCCAGUACCUAGAUGAUAUGUUCGUUCAUACAUAUAUUGUCGUGUGAGUCGGAUGUCU